CAAACGGACCGUUACCCUUCGCAUCAUUCAAGAGCCCCCGCGUGUGCCAACCAAACGAACGGAGAGAGAAAACCCACCUCAUAGCCUUCCCCUCCGAUUCUCCUCCAAUCAGCCUGAAUUUCAACCUCUCUCUCACACACACACACACACACACACACACACAGACACCAUCUCCUAUGGCCCUUCUCGCUCGAAACUCGCAUCGACUGGCCCUAAUCGCCUCCCAGAGGGCAGCAACGAUCCACACGACCUUCCCAUCGCUGGCCCCCACGCCCUCGCAGCAGCCCACGCCUUACGCCCCCCCGCCGCCCCCGUCCGCGACGUCCCCGGCAGGGCUGUCGAAGGCGGCGGAGUUCGUGAUCUCGAAGGUCGACGACCUCAUGAACUGGGCCCGGCGCGGAUCCAUCUGGCCCAUGACCUUCGGGCUGGCCUGCUGCGCCGUCGAGAUGAUGCACACCGGCGCCGCCCGGUACGACCUGGACCGGUUCGGAGUCAUCUUCAGGCCGAGCCCUAGGCAGUCCGACUGCAUGAUCGUUGCCGGUACCCUCACCAAUAAGAUGGCCCCGGCCCUUCGCAAGGUCUACGAUCAAAUGCCAGAGCCAAGGUGGGUCAUCUCCAUGGGAAGCUGUGCAAAUGGUGGUGGUUACUACCACUACUCCUACUCUGUCGUCCGUGGUUGCGACAGGAUUGUCCCAGUUGAUAUAUAUGUUCCAGGUUGCCCACCUACAGCUGAGGCCCUGCUCUAUGGAAUCCUCCAGCUGCAGAAGAAGAUCAACAGGCGCAAGGAUUUCCAGAUUUGGUGGACUAAAUAAGAGUUUACUAUGUUUAUCCACCCGUUAUAUUAGUUUUUUUUGUACUUGAGAAUAAAACCAAAUUGUGCUGGCUUAUCCUUUGCAAACUGAGUUUGUUAAGUGUGAGGAGACUUUUCUCUCACAACUGUUGUUCUCGACAAGCCAUAAGUGGUGUGAUUUUAUAUCCGUUUGUGAAACAAACGAGCCAUAAGUGGUGUGAUUCUAUAUCUGUUUGCGAAACAACUGUAUUGUUUGUCACUUUAGGGUACCGGAUGUUCCAAAUCUAAACAUAUUAAGUGUGGCUUCCUCGAUAUUAAGUGUGGCUUCCUCGUC